AUGUCUGACGCUACGGAAUUAAGCGACGAUGACCUCGUCGAGUUAUCUCUCUUACGCGACUUCGAGGUAGAUGAGCUUAUCAGGGAUGGAUUCCUGGACGAGAGCGAGCAAAUGACGAGGCCCUUAGAUAAAGAGCUUGUCUUUAAGUACGACGAACUGUGCUUAUAUAUCACCCCCGGCCCCCUAUAUCCCGCUGCGUCUGCUACUUGGGAGCUCGAGAGCUACGAAUUAUCGCGAGAAUCAGUGAUCGAACUUCGCACACAGCUGAGACAGGUUGUAGAGGCUGCAGCAGUCACCAAUAACAUCUCAAAAUGGAAUAGUCGGGGAGAGAGUGUAUAUGGUGCUUUUGAACCAACUAUGGCGGUUUAUGAGCUUGCCAAUGCGACAAGGGGAUAUUUGAAGUCAUGGCGCGAGAGGCUUCCGAAGAAACCAAAAGGCCGUAUUAGGUCAAAUAUUCUCCCAUUUGAGGAGAAGCCAGCGAAUCCGAUAAUGACAUCUAGCGAGACGGCAUACCAUUUCCUACGGCAAACGCCCCAGGAAAUCUGCUCCCAGAUUCCCUCCUGUUACAGGGUUCUCCACGUGGAGGAGGUUAUAAGGUCUGACCUCGCCGUUAGAUUCUAUAAGAAGCAAACGGAAAUAAGGGAAAGACUAUCCGAAUACUCUGUAGGGACACUUCACGGUUGCGUCCCUGCUAGCUUACACCACAGCAAGAGAAAAGAGGUAUACCUAGAUCAUCUCGUGAAGCCCACGAUGACUUUCCAUGGGACCCAAAGACAGCUCGUGCCAUCUAUAGUACGCUACGGAUUCCUCAAGCCUGGUCAGAAGAACCCAGGUACUAACGAGGCGCACGGGGUUCGCUGUGGAUCGACAUACGGUAGGGGAAUUUACAGCUCUCCGAACGCGGACUUUUCUCUCAGUUACACGGGUAGCUCAUGCCAGGCCACCAAGCCUAAUGAAUAUUUCGGAAUCAAGCUUCUCGUAUGCGCGACGAUUAUGGGCCGCUCGGCCGACGUUUAUAGGGACGACAACUGGAGGAAUCAAAGCCAGGCCUACCCCGGGGCGGAUUCACACGUCUCCAAUCGCGGGCUCGAGUACAUCGUCUUUGAUAGUGCUCAGAUCCUUCCAAUAUAUGUGAUACAUAUCGACUGGGGCCACGACAAUCACGAGCACUUUGAGGAGCUCCCCAGCAACCCGGAGAGCUUCGUCCCAACAAAUCAGACAAGGCAUCCUAAGCUUUUACAAGGCGUCCGCUGGCCGGGUGACGUACAGCGCGAGAAAGCCGCUGCCUUCGCCCGGGCAGCGAAGUGGUUCCCGUACGGCUACGGGCCGUCGACCGGAUCCAAGUUCGUCGUGGAAGAGGUUGGCGAGGUCGACGAGGACGAAGAGGAAUAUGGCGAUUACCAGGCGCUCCGAGGCGAAGAGAUCAAGGAUAAGACGAACCUGAACUUCUGGAGUUGGGUCAAGGUUGGCGAGGAGAUAGAUGCCGUUGAAGGGGGUGGGCUUGAAAAUGAGUAUACAAAAGAUCGCCGCUGGUAUUAUAGUUCUAAGACGUCGGAGGAGAUGCCGAACUGGGAUGAUAUCCCUUCGCCUGAAGAGGAAGAAGAAGAGGGAUAUGUAAAUCUUGAAAGUAUUGAAAGUGAUGAUGAUUUAGGUAUAAGCCGGCUGAUGGUUUAACUUGAUUGGCGGUAUAGCUAGG